AUGGCCACUUAUCCCAACAACGUCAAUGUGGUUGGAAAAAGCAUUGACGAUGAUGACAAUUGUAAUGAGUUGGUUCCUACUUUAAACAUGUGUUUUGACACAAUGGAAGAAGCAAAGAAAUUUUAUUCGGUGUACGGGAGAAGAUGUCGUUUUGGCGUCCGAACCAGAACUUCUAAAAAGGAUGACAACAACGAAUUGUACUACUUGAGAUUGGUUUGUUCUAGGGAAGGUAAAUAUGUUUCCACCAUUCGUCCAGAGGUGAAAACUCUGCCUAGUCAGACUAAUCAAUGUCCUACUGGAAUAACCAUUGCACGAAAAGAGGACAAAUGGUUUUUAAGGACUGUGGUUGUAGAGCACAGUCAUGACCUGUGUCCACAAACCUCCAAUCUAAUCCGUUCUAAUAGACAAUUAAACAUGCAUGCCAAACACACUUUGGGGGUGAAUGAUGAUGCCGAUGUACGUAUUAAUAAGAGUUUCCUUAGCAUAGUUAGUGAAGCUGGUGGAUAUGAAAACAUGGAAUUUGUGGAGUGGGAUGUUAGGAACUUCAUUGGUCAACAUAGAAGGUCACUGUGUAAGGAGGGUGAUGGACAAGCAUUGCUACAUCACUUUUCAAAAAUGAGAGAGCUCAAUAAUGAUUUCUUCUACGACAUAUAA